AUGACGCCGCCGUGUCAAAGCUUCAAAGCAAAGGCUUUGCCCACCCACAUACAAGUCGGCCCCGAUCAGCGUGUUCGCAAGACGGAAGACGGUGGUCGACGACGAAUCGAUCUACUUCGGGAUUGCGAGCUCUUUGGUCUGUUGCAGUAUGACUGCCAGGUGCGCGACCCGGAGUUGAGGGAGAGCCAGAUUGAGUGUUGGCCAGUGCAGCGCUUGUUUCGCAGAUGCCGGGACAAAAAUGGGCCUUUUACGGUCGAGACAACGGCUUGGGAGGGCACCGCGGCUGCGGCUGCGGCAGCAACGACAUCAUCAUCGUCAUCGUUAGCAGCAGCAGCAGCAGCAGCCAAAGCGACAUCGGCCAGCAACAAAAGCUCAUUGGCCGAGCAGGAGCAGCACCAGCAGAUCGAUCAUCGCACAUGGGGCAGAGAGGACGACAAGGAGGAUAGAUGGUGGAACAGAAAGUGA